AUUCCCAGAUAGUGAAGUUAGUAUUCAGUAUCAUUACUUUUCGAAUAGCUCCUUUUGCUUCAGUUCCGAUAGUUACACUUGCUUGAAAUUCUUUCGUGAUGAACCUCAAAAUAAUUGCUUUCAAUUAUUCUCAAAUAUCUCUGGAUCGAGUUAUUGA